UCGCAGCGGUGCAAAUUCGCCUAUUUAAACUCCUCUUUGCUUUUCCCCUCCAAAAACGCACCGGAGAUUCAUAUUUUUCCCUUUUCCCUUCAACUUCACACACACACAAACAUGGACAGUCACUCCAACGGAGACUCUCGAUCCCAUCCCAACAUACCCAAAAUCAAGUUCACCAACCUCUUCAUCAAUGGACAAUUCGUUGACUCUCUUUCAGCGAAAACGUUCGAGACCAUAGAUCCAAGAACCGGUGAGGUUAUCGCGACGGUAGCCGCCGGAGACAAAGACGACGUCGAUCUGGCGGUGAAAGCCGCCCGUGAAGCCUUCGACCACGGCCCUUGGCCCCGCAUGCCCGGCGCCGAGAGGGGGAAGAUAAUGAUGAAACUGGCGGACUUGAUUGAUGCACACGUGGAGGAAUUGGCAGCGUUGGAUACGAUCGACGCGGGAAAAUCGUUUAUGAUGGGGAAGAUUGGGGACAUUCCGUCGGCUGCGAACACGCUACGGUACUACGCAGGUGCAGCGGAUAAAAUCCACGGGGAGGUUUUGAAAAUGGCUAGGCCGUUUCACGGGUACACGUUGCUGGAGCCCAUUGGCGUGGUGGGCCACAUCAUUCCGUGGAACUUUCCGACGACCAUGUUCUUCUUGAAGACGAGCCCGGCGUUGGCCGCCGGCUGCACCAUGGUCGUAAAGCCCGCCGAGCAAACGCCGCUCUCCGCCCUCUUCUACGCCCAUCUCGCCAACCUGGCUGGAGUUCCAGAUGGAGUACUAAACGUGGUGACUGGUUUUGGGUCCACUGCCGGAGCAGCCCUUGCCUCCCACAUGGACGUGGACAAGGUGAGCUUCACUGGCUCAACGAAGGUGGGACGGCUAAUAAUGCAGGCGGCAGCUGCUAGCAAUCUGAAGCAGGUUUCACUCGAAUUAGGAGGCAAAUCGCCACUCCUAAUCUUCGACGAUGCGGAUGUCGAUAAGGCCGCUGAACUCGCCCUCCUCGGCAUUUUUUAUAACAAGGGCGAAAUUUGCGUGGCCAGCUCCCGAGUGUUGGUUCAAGAAGGGAUCUAUGACGAAUUUGUGAAAAAGAUUAGUGAAAAAGUUAAGUCUUGGGUGGUGGGAGACCCUUUUGAUCCUAAAGUGAAAUAUGGACCCCAGGUGGAUAAAAAGCAAUUAGAGAAAAUUCUAUCGUACAUAGAACAUGGGAAGAGAGAAGGGGCGACCUUGCUGGCCGGUGGGAAGCGGAUUGGCGAUGUGGGGUAUUACAUCCAGCCCACCAUCUUCACAGAUGUCAAGGAAGACUCGCUGAUUGCCCAGGACGAAAUAUUCGGGCCGGUGCUGUCGGUCAUAAAAUUCAAGACGAUUGAGGAGGGAAUAAAGAGCGCGAACAACACAAAGUACGGGCUGGCAGCAGGGAUCGUGACGAACAACAUAGACGUGGCGAACACAGUGUCUCGGUCGAUCCGAGCAGGUUCGAUAUGGAUCAAUUGCUACUUCGCUUUCGACGCGAGCAGCCCCUUUGGAGGCUACAAAAUGAGUGGGUUCGGUAGAGACUCCGGAAUGCAUGCUAUCCACAAGUAUCUCCAAGUCAAAAGCGUGGUUACUCCUUUGCUCAACACUCCUUGGCUUUAAUUACGUUCUACACCUAUACCAUAAGUGAUAAGUCUAUACCCUUGUUUUAAUAAUAAUGGACAGGUUGUUAAUGAUUAUUAUUGUUGUUGUAUAUGCUAUGCAUCACACAUUGCAAAUUUAGAAAAGGAAAAAAAUUAAUAAAUAAAAAAAAAUUGGUUUAA